AUGGCGAGCACAAGAAUAACAAAUGCACAGGGUGCCGUUAAACCAGUGCCACUGAUCCAGUCUGCCCAUCGCAGCGCUGCGGUCCAGAUGCGUCUGAAGAACUCUCAGAGCUCUGGAGACCGCCUCAGUCAGUCCAAGUCCAUGGUCCUGCAGGAGACAGACCUUCCUCCAAAACCUAUUUCUCGGCAUCGAAGGAAUCAGUCUCAACACAAUGUGGUCAUGGCGGGAGGUGCCACUUUCGAACCACUGGUGGACAUUAAAGGAGAACACUUGAAUGUGGCUAAAAUUUCUGAUGGGGGUAAGAAGCAGAGGAAGAAUUGGGCUUCAAUGUGGACGGUUUUGACCUCGGAUCAGCUGCUGUUUUAUAAGGACAAACAAGAGAGUGCUGUGGCUUGGUAUCAGAAACCAGGAGCUAAGACAGAUGUGGUUCAGCUAGGUGGGGCAGUUAUUGAGUGGACUACGGAGAAAUCCAGCAAGAAGAAUGUUUUUAUGAUUACAACAAACACAGGAAGUGAGUACCUUGUCCAGAGUGACAAUUCCUCCACUGCCAGCAAAUGGUACGACGCCAUCAAAAAGACAGUUGAGUCCUCUACAAAAGAGGACAAAGGUUUCCCUCUGCGGCGGUCAAACAGCACAGAGUUCCUGCCCAGACAUAGCUCCCUGCCCGGGUAUGGAUCUGCCUCCCCCAGCAGCAAGCAACGAAAUCCCGCCCACCGGCGAUCCAUCAACAUGUUCAGUAGCUCAAAGCUGAAGUACAGCACCUCAGACAGCGCCGACAAGAGCGGAGUGAAGAACAGACUGAAGAAGUUCAUUAUCAGACGCCCAUCCAUGAAGACUCUACAAGAGAAAGGCCUCAUCAAAGAUCGAGUGUUUGGCUGCCACCUGCUGACUCUCUGUGAACGAGAAGGAUCCACCGUACCAAAGUUUGUUCAGAUCUGCGUGGACGCUGUUGAGAAACGCGGUCUGGAUGCUAAUGGAAUCUACAGAGUCAGCGGAAAUCUGGCCACAAUUCAGAAAAUUCGCUUCAUCAUCGACCAAGAAGCUUUACGUCCUACGCUGCUUUACGUCCUACGCUGCUUUACGUCCUACGCUGCUUUACGUCCUACGCUGCUGUGUCAUGGCAGCUCCAGGCAGCAGGUUGUCUGUAAACACAACACGAAUUCAAAACCUGAGGCUGAUGUGAGCAACAACAAAGGUGUUGAUCAAAGUGACGCGAGGCUGAACCUGUCUUCAUUCUGCUCCCCAGAGGAAGACCUGGACCUGGAUCAGAGUCAAUGGGAAGACAUCCACGUCGUCACCGGAGCUCUGAAAUUGUUUUUCCAAAUAAAAGACUCCAGAGAAAAAACUCAGGCUGUGAAGAAACUCAUCCAGAAACUGCCAAAGCCCAAUCACGACACAAUGAAAGUCCUCUUCACGCAUCUGCAAAGGGUUCUGGCCUUUUCCAAAAAGAACUUGAUGUCCACCCAGGGCAUUGGCAUAGUGUUUGGCCCAACGCUGAUGUGGCCCGAGCUGGAUUCAGGAAACAUGGCAGUCAACAUGGUAUACCAGAACCAGAUUGUGGAGUUCAUCCUCAUAGAAAGCCGGGAAAUCUUCAACAUGGAGGCGAAGUAG